AACUAAUACAGAAAUUGUUUAACUGAACGGUGCUUAAGCCGUCGAAAUUCAGUAUACAAAUUUAACUAGUCAAUUUUUUAUUGUUGAUAAUGGAUGAUCGAAUUGAAAUACCUCAAGAUGGUCCCGCUGGCAUGGACCCUGAGGGCGUCAUCGAGUCGACCUGGCAUGAAGUCUACGAUAAUUUCGAUGACAUGAACUUGCGCGAGGAGCUGCUGCGCGGCAUCUAUGGCUAUGGUUUCGAGAAGCCAUCGGCCAUUCAACAGCGCGCUAUCAUUCCUUGCGUGAAGGGUCGCGAUGUCAUUGCCCAGGCCCAGUCCGGUACUGGCAAGACUGCCACCUUCUCGAUUGCCAUUCUUCAGCAAAUCGACACGUCCGUUCGCGAAUGUCAGGCUUUGAUCCUGGCACCUACUCGCGAGUUGGCCACCCAAAUUCAGCGUGUGGUUAUGGCACUUGGAGAGUACAUGAAGGUGCAUUCGCAUGCCUGCAUUGGCGGCACUAAUGUGCGCGAGGAUGCUCGCAUUUUGGAAUCUGGCUGCCAUGUGGUGGUUGGCACACCAGGUCGUGUCUAUGACAUGAUCAAUCGCAAGGUGCUCCGCACGCAGUUCAUCAAGUUGUUCGUACUGGAUGAGGCCGAUGAGAUGUUGUCGCGUGGCUUCAAAGAUCAAAUCCAGGAUGUGUUCAAGAUGCUGCCACCAGAUGUGCAAGUGAUCUUGCUCUCAGCCACCAUGCCACCCGAUGUACUUGAAGUGAGCCGUUGCUUUAUGCGUGAUCCAGUUAGCAUUCUUGUUAAGAAGGAAGAGCUGACACUUGAAGGUAUCAAGCAGUUCUACGUGAACGUUAAGCAGGAGAACUGGAAGUUGGGCACAUUGUGCGAUCUGUACGAUACGUUGUCCAUUACCCAGUCGGUUAUCUUCUGUAAUACCCGUCGCAAGGUCGAUCAGCUCACCCAGGAGAUGUCUAGCCACAACUUUACCGUGUCGGCCAUGCAUGGUGACAUGGAGCAACGCGAUCGUGAGGUUAUCAUGAAGCAAUUCCGUUCGGGCUCUUCCCGAGUUCUGAUUACAACUGAUUUAUUGGCGCGUGGUAUUGAUGUGCAGCAGGUAUCGUUGGUCAUCAACUAUGAUCUGCCCUCGAAUCGCGAGAACUAUAUUCAUAGAAUCGGUCGCGGUGGUCGUUUCGGUCGUAAAGGUGUUGCGAUCAACUUCAUUACUGAUGAUGAUCGAAGAAUCCUGAAGGAUAUUGAACAAUUCUAUCACACUACUAUUGAGGAAAUGCCUGCUAAUAUUGCCGAUUUGAUUUAAAUAUUUUGUUGAGCAAAAAAAAUUAAUACAAAAUAAACAAGAAAAAGUGAGUGAGCUCUUCUACAGCAAGGAGUUGCGAGAAAAGUGCGCAAAAUAUAUUUAAAAAAAAAAAAUAAGAACUUGAGAACUAAAAAUUAAAUAUUUAUUUAAACAACAAUACAAACAGCAGGAGCAACAACAACAACAGCUGCAUCAGCAAGGCGACAACAAAAGAAACUACAACAUCCAAGAACCUAAUUAUCAGUAACAAGAACAACAUCCGCUGGCUGGCGCUUUGCUCUAAUCCUCUAUCUAUUCCUAAAACAACCAACCAACAGAAGUAGAACAGCUGUAACAUCUGAUAUUUAAACACUGCGUCGUCAACAAGCAACAAACAAGUCUAAACUAUAUAAACGCUAAAACUGGGAUAAAAACAACCACAACAACACGAGGACAACACCUUUCGAUUUUUUGUGUGUGCAGCGAACUGCAGCAGCAGCAGCAUCAACAACCACAACAUUGUUUUAGCCUUUUCUAGAACUAUUGAUAAAAUAUAUUAAAAAAACAAUACAAAAAAUA